AUGGUCGUCCUGGCAGCGUCGAUAUGUACCCGCGGAGGUAAAGCGGUUCUUUCGCGUCAAUUCCGGGAGAUUUCUCGGUCUCGAAUUGAAGCCCUUCUCGCAUCCUUCCCCAAACUUGCCGACUCCGGAACCCAGCACACCACCGUUGAACAGGACAACGUGCGCUUCGUGUACCAGCCACUAGAUGAGCUGUACAUCAUUCUCAUCACCAACCGUCAAUCGAACAUCCUUCAAGACAUUGACAGUCUUCACCUCUUUGCGCAAGUCACUACCAGCAUUUGCAAGAGCCUGGACGAGCGCGAGAUCCUCCGCAAUGCCUUCGAACUCCUGAGUGCAUUCGAUGAAUUGGUGACUUUGGGAUACCGGGAGAACCUCUCCUUGUCCCAGAUCAAGACUUUCCUGGAGAUGGAGAGUCACGAGGAGCGAAUUCAGGAAAUCAUCGAGCGGAACAAGGAGUUGGAGGCCAGCGAAGAGCGCAAGCGCAAGGCCAAGCAACUGGAAAUGCAGCGCAAGGAGGCUGCUCGCUCAGGACGAACCGCAGCUCCCAGAACUCCCUCGUACCCUGUCUACACACCCCCAGCACGUCCGUCUGUGCCCGACACCUACGAUUCAUACGAGGCUGAGAAGAAGAAAUCAUUUGCCAAGCCCAUUCCCACUCGCGGCAAGGGUAUGCAGCUAGGCAAGAAGUCCAAGGCCACCGAUAUUUACGAAAAGGUCCGGGGUGAUAUGGGUCCUGAGAUUGAAGAGGACAGCCCAUUGGUGGCUCAGCGAGCACCAUCUCCCGUCCAAGAUAUUCCCUCCGCGCGCCAGUCCCUCAACACAGACCGGGAACCCGUUCAACUCACAAUUGCCGAAACUAUCUCCGCUACACUUACCCGUGAGGGCGCUCUGAAGUCCUUCGAGGUCAAGGGUGACCUGCAGCUCCGUAUUUCUGACCCCUCAUUCACCAAACUCCGACUCGACUGCCAGGCUAUCCCCACACACGGUGCCCAGUUCCGAACCCAUCCCAAUGUUGACAAGGCUUUGUUCGCUGAGUCUUCCACAAUUCAACUGAAGGAUACUACCAAGCGCUUCCCCGCGAAUAACUCCAUUGGUGUUCUCCGGUGGCGUGUUGCUAGCUCAGCUGACAAUGCUGAAAUCCUCCCCAUCACAUUUACCGUGUGGGUCAACAAGGGUUCUGACUCGACCACCGUAACGGUGGAGUAUGAGCUUACCGGCGAAGACAGCCUUCGCGACGUUGUUGUCACCAUCCCAUACGGUUCGUCAGAGCCCGCAGUAUCCAGCUUUGAUGCAGUAUACGAAGUUUCUGGCGACAGCCUGGACUGGAAUCUGGGUGCCGUGGAUGAGUCAAAUGCAUCUGGCAGCUUUGAAUUCGAGUCGAGUGAUGCUGAUGAGAACGAGUUCUUCCCCAUGAGUGUUCGCUUCACAAAGUCCAAGCCAUUUGUGGAUGUCGAUGUCAGCAAUGUUGCCUUGUUGGACAUGGACGGGGAGAGCACUGCGUUCUCAAAGGACAUCCGCAGCGUUACAGAAAACUUCCUUAUCGAGUAA